CCCGCGAUACAAUAAUUGCGUCAAAGUGGAGAAAUGUUUUAUACGAGUCGUUUAAUUUGAAAAACGCGAUGGGGGUGCGAGGUCAAGUGCGCUCCGCCCGCACGAUACGAUCUCCGGCAGUCGAGCCGAGCGGGCCGGGCGGACUGAGCGACUCCAGUUGAGCUGUAACUUAAUGGUUCGAGUGUACCGUACUUAGCGAUCUCUUGCGGUCCAGCUGUGCUGUCUGAGGUACUCCAGCAGUCAAGCCUGUCAGCCUGCUGCCUGAACGGUUCGAGUUGACAAGCGAUCACCAGAGUCGGGCUCGCUGUCUGAACUUUCUAACAGACUCUCAUUCUCUAGCCAUCUCCAGUAGUUGACCUGUGCUAUCUGGAUGGUCCGAGCGGACUUUCUUAUGCUGUCGGAACAGGUCGAAUGACUGAGCGGCUUCGGCAGUCGAGGUGUGCUGCUUAAGCAAACAGACUAAUCUCCAGCAGUCAACCUGAGCAGUCUGAACAGUUCGAGUGAGCGCCGGAGUCAUCGACAGUCGAGGCGCAAAGUCCAGACGGUCAAUGGGACUUCGGCAUUGAUCGCGCUGUGCUGUUUAAGCGGUCCGAGCUGACACACUGAUCCCCAGCAGCUGAGCUGUGUACGGUCGAGUGCGCUAGCUCUGGCAGUCGAAGUGGCCCUGGCGGAGUAAGCGGCUAGUCUCGGGGCCAGGUGUCCGCACGCAUGGCGACCCAGUGACUCCGACAUGGGCUGCACCAGCAGCGCUCCCAGCAUGGACGGAUACAUUUCAGAAAGCUACAGCGCGAGUGUGAAAAACGAAAACACAAGUAACGACGCCGAACAGAACAAGGAACCGAGCUCAAAAGAUGUGAAACUGGUGCUUCCCUCGUGUGAUAAUUUAGAGAAAAAUUUAGAAUUAGCUUGCCAAAAUUCGAUUAAAAAUGGAGCAAGUUCGGAGGAGACACUUGUUGAAACAGUUCCAACUUCGUCCAGCACAAACAAGCUAGAUGAAAAUCAAGAAAAUAUGACUCAUCACGAAAACGACGAACGCAAUAAUAGAAAUGAUUAUGAAAAUACAAAUGAGGAGCACUACACUACGCUCAGGGAAGUUGUCGAUAAAGUUAUGCAAGACAGUACAAUACUACAGAACCAACCGAGCGACGAUGGAGAUAUCGAGGACGAUUAUGAUUACGAUGAUAAAGAUGAAGCAAAGAGUUUCGAUGAUUCAGAUCCGCCUUCUGUAGUAGAAGUUGAAGAAGUACUGGUUGAA